AUGUCGAAACCCGCCAUGGCCUCCUUUGCACUGGGCGUGGCAGCUGGGGCGGUCUUGGGUGCGCUGUGGGCCUCCCGCCGCAGCUCAGCCAAGGAGACGCGACGAAAGAGGGUCAUGCAAAUGGCCAAGGUGCGCCCAGACCGCGUCAAGCUCUACCGUCGUCACCACCAGGGCGUUUGGCCGGAAGUGGAGCAAGGGCUAGCAGGCUCAGGGGUGGAGACGAUCUCCAUCUGGUCCGACCCAAAGGACGAGUGCUCACUGUUCAUGUAUUUGGAGCUGGCUGAUGAUGCGGAGGACCUUGGACCAGGAUCCAACUAUCGCGCAAACAGCACGGUGCGGGAGUGGGAGGAGACGAUGGAAACCGAGUUUCAUGCCGGCUGGGCGCCACUUGAGGAGUGGUAUACGUUGAAGGCUGCCGGCAGCAGGGCUGUGCAGGUCUCCACAAACUCUCUGCCUCCCAGCUACAACAUCAUGGACGAAUCCGUGUUGAAGUGA